GCAGGGCGCAGAAUGGCGGCGGUGUUGGAGCUCAUGCUCCAGGAGGAGGUGACGGUGGCCGAAGUGUUUCUCUGGCUGACCAACAGAACGCAGGAUCACCCUGUUAAUUCCAGCUUGUCCUCCCUCUCUUUACUUCGGAAGGACUUUGUUCCAUUCUUGCUUAACUUUCUACGUGAGCAGACACGUGAAAUUUUGAGUAACGCAGCUUCUACUCCGUCAAAGACUCCAAAUUCCAAAGCUGUGUCAAAAUCCAGUAGUGAUGGCACCCAAAAGCCAGUCUCAGAGAGGAGCUCUGCCGAUGGAAGUGGUCAUCGUGGGAGUAGGGUACAACUAUUUGCUCAAACACCCAAUAGCUCAUAUGCUUCCGAUACCUGCUUCCCAUCUGCUAACUCCAGUGACUCGUCCUAUUUGUCCAAAUCAAACAUGACUAAUUGGUCUUGCAGAAGUAUUACUCAGACCAGUCCGAAUUUUAACUCCAGCCCAACAACCCAUUACAAUAAGCGCUCAACACACAAACCGAGUCUGGGAAACUUUUUGAUAUUGACACCGGAAAUACAGACACCCAGACGGGGCCGGAAAAAAAAUAGCACUGGUCGCCAGGGAUUCAAAGACCAAGGUAGAAGAACUAAUGGUGAGGAAUUUCAGAGACAGGACAUAGGAGGGAAGAAUGGUUGCAUGAACAUCAUCAGUUCACCAACCCAUCCUUCUGAACUCAACGUGAACAACCUGGAAGAAUUUCCUCCUAUGAGCGCACAGUCUCAAUCUGCCAGCAAAUCCAAGCCAUCAAGGAGAAUCAAUCCCACACCUAUCAGUGAUGUACAGUCGCAGUCCAAAUCCAGGAUAUGCUUCACUUCAACCCCAAUCAACGAGUCCCAUGUCAGCCGGCAAAUUGGCAUGGAGGUCUUUACCAAUGUUCAAGAAGGAAGCAGUACUCCUGCAUACGCAGAAAGCCUGCGCGAAGAAAGGGAGAUACUCAAGAAGGAAAGGAUUAAACUGCAGCAGCAGACCUCAGCCCCUGUAUCACUGGAUCCUGUAACCCCUACCAAACAGAGCUACAGUCGAAACACAACCGUUCCUGUGGAUAACUUGGUCGCUGUAGAUGUCGGCAAGGUGUCUAACAAGAAACAGCUGGCAAUGCUGGCAGAGCUCUACUCCGCUUGUAUAACAGGAAAUCUUGUGCCAAACAUCUUUCUGGAGUUCUUCUUUGUCCUGCAACUGCUCACAACAAGAGGAUCAACCAGUAUGGCUGAUGAGGAGCAUGACCUUGUUAUGACAAAAGAUGCUGUGGAGAGGCAAUACUUUCAGAGCGUGCACAACUGUGUAUUCUUUGCUGUGGAGGUCCUUGACUCCCAGUUUGCUAUAAUAUCGUAUUUGGAUAAAAGCAUCCUGAAGCUUCUUGCAGAAAAUGACCGUGUGGCAGCAUUUUCUUCUAGUCUACAGGAGCGGGUCCUUAAGGCAUAUGAAACUAGCAAAGCCAAGGUUUCCCUUUUGCUUCAGACCACAAUACAGUCCGUGUCCUUUCAACCAGAAACCGAUAACCGCUCCAACUUUCCGAAUGAUCACUCCUUCCAUAUCUUUAAGAAACAGAGGGACAUAUUUUAUGAACUGUUGCGUGAAUGGGAAGACAACCAUAUAAAAACAAACUGGGCUUUUGAGAGCUGUCUGGGCAUGAAAAUCAGGGCUAUGAUUUUUCAUCUGACCGUGACCUGCAAUCAUAGCCGUUUUGCCAGAUUGUUUCAGAAGCAGCUUAUUCAGAUGUGUAAGGAACCAAAUGGUGGAAUGGGAGGCGCCAGUAUUGGUGACACUCCAGACCAAGAUGUGCUAAAUAUGCUUGGCUCAGACAACCUUAACAAGCUCAAGCGUCUACAGGAGCGCUUUGUGGCCCGUCAGACUGUGAGUGGACCUUGUCCUCCCCCUUCUUUUCCCGGAUACCAGGAAUUUUUCAGAGACUUCAUACUGAGUGCUGGCAGUUACCAGUUUAACCAGCACCUGAUGGACAGUUUGUGCCAAGAGAUACAAGAGCUAGAUGGCGUUUCCAUCGUAGGGCAUGAGCCAGCAGAUGGCGAGUCUGAUAUGGAUCAGCAGGGUGAAAAGGUUCGUUUUGCCUCUAUCCUGCUGACUCUCCGGCUUCUAGCAAAAUUUUUAGGGUUUCUAACAUUUUUACCAUACAGGACAACAGAAUUUCUCACUAGUGAAUUACAAGAGUCUGCAGUAGCCUUAAGGAACAGGACCCUGCCCAUGUUAGAUGUGCUACAGCUGCUGCAACGCUCCUUUCAGAACCAUCGUACUGUACUUACCGUGCCUUGGGUGGUGGAAUAUCUGUCUUUGGUAGACUGUGUCGCUCCCUUAUUGGAUUAUUAUCAAAAGGUGUUUUCUCUUUUAUUGCACCUGUACAGGUACAAGCUAAUCCUGACAGACGAAAACGAUAUGGGGUUCCUGAAUAAACUUCUUAUCCUUGCUGUCUUGGGGUGGCUUUUUCAGGUUCCUCCAGUACCAGAUGAACUUUUCUUCAACAAUGAAACAGUUUGGGAUGACAUCCCAAUUAACACCGUGGUGGUGAUGCAGGGCCUGGAUUCUGUUCCUUUGGUGGAUCUGCAACUGCUGUAUAGCUGCUGUCCUUACCUUGGAGAACUGAGGAAGUUACUCACCUCCUUUGUGGCUGGUUGUGGAGCAAAGAAUGGUGGUUUCAUCAGAAAAAUAACACCUACUGCUGCAGAGCCCCUGAUGCCUAAGCCGACAUUAACACAGAAAAAGCUCCAGGCUGAGCUCGAACAAGCUUUCUUCCACAACCAGCCUCCCUCACUACGGAGAACAGUCGAGUUUGUGGCAGAGAGAAUUGGAUCCAACUGCGUUAAGCACAUAAAGGCUACUUUAGUGGCAGACCUUGUGAAAAGAGCAGAGGUCAUCUUGAAGGACAAAGUGACAGAAGACAGUUCCAGCCACACCAAGCUUCUAGAGGAUGUAUGGACCGAGCUCUGCAGGGAUGGCAGGCAGUCUGUGCAUAUAGGCAAACAAUACUGCAAGAAAAAGGUACCAGAGGCUAUAAAAGUUUUAUUGCCCGAAGAGAUAUCCAUAUGGGUUCUCCGCAGUGCAGAAGAAAUUGCAGUCACCCUGGCUAUAGAGAAGGCCUGCACCUGGUUAAAUUCCAAUAUUUCAGCACUUAUCAAAAGAGAAGUGAAAGCUGCUUUCAGUUGUAUGGUGAAGUUGCACAAUAUGACAUCAUCAAUCAGCAAGGAUGUGAAGAUGGAUUGUGUGGAGGGCUGUAAGCAUCAGGUGUCCAUGCCUUCCAAGAUCCUUAAUGACUUUAAGGAUAUCCUGUGUGUUUCGGUUGGACCGCGUGACAAAGGAGAACAUGUGGCCUACCAGCAUCUCAAGAAUCUUUUCAGUCGGUUAUCCGAGACUCUCGGGUGCAGGAAGUAUUUGUAUCCACUAGCAGAGCAGCACCUUGCAAAGUACAGCGUGGAGCUGGCCUGUCUGUUAGUAUCAGACCAGAUGCCAGUCCUGGGUUUCCCCGAGUCACCUGCAGAUGGGACAGAUGACAAGAAAGAGGGUAUUUGUGAGCUCCUGACGGUGUUACUCUCACUUUGGGAGAAAGACUUCAGGGUAGCUGUCCCUGUACAGCUGCUGUUUAGCCAGAGGAAUAGCGGCCUUGUUGCAAACAUCCAGGCGCACACGUGGGGCAUGUUCGUCUUCUUGCUACGUGGCAUUGUUCAUCGAGGACUUAUGAAAGCUGAGGCUGUAGUACACCACAUGCGCAACCUUCAGGAGUACAAAUGCACUUUGGAUUUCCUGGUGGAGCUGGAGGCCACGUGUGUAGCUUAUACACCAGAGAAUGGAAGUGAUGAGAAGGAUGCAACGUGCGAGCUUGUUCCGCAAACAAUUGCAAGAGUUACUGCUCAAAGCUAAAUUUCCUGGAUGACCUGCCGGAGCAUUCUGAUGCUGCUACACGAGUUCUUCGCUGAGAGACGGUAGUUGCUUCAUGAAGCCAUCUCUGCUGAAUACUGGCAUUGCAGGCGACCAUGCACAAGAAUCUCGUAUAACAAUGCCAAUAUCUUUAUAUGAAUUCUUUGCUUAUCAUGGUAAGAAUUUCUAUUACAUACUUUGUUAGGAAUAUAUUUUUAUCUUAAAUAAUUGAACCGCCAAUGUUCGUGUCAUGAAUCAACUAAACGUGUUUGGAGUUUCCCAGGACCUUGCAGCCUAGAUUUUGAAAACCUGGCCACGGUAUGCAAUAUCACACUUUUAUUUUAUUGCAAACAACAC